GGUUGUGCAUCCAUCAAGUAUCAACCAAAAACAAAUGACAACACUCACUCUGCAUCUCUCUCGCCUUACUCGCUGCCGCCGUCACCACCACCACCACCACCACCACCACCACCAUCUCACUCUCUUUGCCCCUUUCCUUUCUCACUCCUCUCUCAUUUUCUCCAACUCCAAACCCAAAUUUGAUGCUCUCUCCCUGUCGUACCCCCGUAAUUUCCGAUCAACCACUCGUUUAUUCCGCCGCCGCUUCUCUGUUUCCUCCGCUUCAACAGCCUCGCAAGAUGAAAGAUACGAUGUGAUUGUGGUGGGAGGAGGACACGCCGGUUGUGAAGCUGCUCUUGCUUCUGCUCGUUUAGGCGCUAACACUCUUCUUCUUACCCUUAAUAUUGAUAGAAUUGCUUGGCAGCCUUGCAACCCAGCAGUUGGGGGACCUGCAAAAUCACAAUUAGUUCACGAGGUGGAUGCACUUGGAGGUGAAAUUGGGAAAAUUGCAGAUAGGUGCUACUUACAAAAGCGUGUGUUGAACAUCUCAAGAGGCCCCGCAGUUCGAGCUUUGCGUGCACAAACUGACAAAAGGGAAUAUGCUAUGCAAAUGAAAAAAAUAGUGGAAAGCACUCCAAAUCUUUCUAUCAGAGAGGCAAUGGUAACAAAUAUUUUACUUGGAAAGAAUGACAAUGUGGAAGGUGUUCACACUUUUUUUGGGAUGAAUUUUUAUGCUUCUUCGGUUAUUCUCACUACUGGAACUUUUAUGAGUGGUAAAAUUUGGGUUGGUAGAACUUCGAUGCAUGCAGGAAGAGCUGGCGAGUCAGCUUCAGAAGGACUCACAGAAAACUUGCAAUGCCUUGGAUUUGAAACUGAUAGGUUAAAAACUGGAACUCCAGCUCGUGUGGACAGUCGUACGGUUGAUUAUUCUGGAUUGGAACCUCAGCAUGGGGAUGAAGAGGUUAGCUGGUUUAGUUUUGAUCCUGAUGUACAUAUUGAAAGAGAACAAAUGUGUUGCUAUCUGACACGUACUACAAAAACCACCCAUCAGCUUAUAAAGGAUAAUUUGCAUGAAACUCCAACUUAUGGAGGAUGGGUUGAAGCUAAGGGACCCAGGUACUGCCCUUCUAUUGAGGACAAGAUUGUGAGGUUUCAAGAUAAAGAAUCACAUCAAAUUUUUCUUGAACCAGAAGGUCGGAAUGUGCCGGAGCUCUAUGUGCAGGGAUUCUCGACUGGUUUACCUGAGAGAUUACAGUUACCGCUCUUGAGAACUUUGCCCGGACUUGAAAAUUGUUCUAUGCUAAGGCCUGCUUAUGCCGUGGAAUAUGAUUUCCUGCCUGCACAUCAAUGCUCUAGGUCUCUUAUGACAAAGAAGGUUGAGGGGCUUUUCUUUUCUGGUCAAAUAAAUGGAACAACAGGUUAUGAAGAGGCUGCAGCACAGGGAAUUCUUUCUGGUAUUAAUGCUGCAAGACAUUCAGAUGGUAAGCCCCUCAUUGUACUCGAGAGGGAAAGCAGUUAUAUAGGCACGUUACUUGAUGAUCUGGUCACCAAGGAUCUUCGAGAACCAUACCGUAUGUUAACAAGCCGCUCUGAGCACCGAUUACUUCUCCGAUCUGAUAAUGCUGAUAGUCGUCUCACACCAUUGGGGCAUGAAAUAGGUUUGAUAAAUGACAGACGGUGGAAAUUAUAUCAAGAUAAACAAGCUCGAAUUUCUGAGGAGAAACAGCGUUUAAAAUCUGUCAGGUUUUCAGGAGGAGAUUUGGCUGCUGAUGUUACUCGUUUGUCUGGACAGCCUGUGAAGGACUUUUCAACACUGGAGAGUGUUUUAAAGAAACCACACAUCCAGUAUAAAGUUCUCGAUAAGCAUGGUUUUGGUAAUGAGCUCUUAAAUAGAGAGGAGAAAGCAUGUGUUGAGAUCGAUGUUAAGUAUGAAGGCUUCAUUGUACGUCAGAAGAUCCAACUUCAACAGAUGGCCCAUCAACAAAAUAGACCACUUCCAAAGGACUUGGAUUACAAUGCAAUGACAACUUUAUCCCUUGAAUCACGUGAGAAACUAUCCAAGGUCAGGCCACAAACUAUUGGUCAAGCAAGCAGAGUGGGUGGGGUUAGCCCUGCCGACAUUACUGCGCUUCUAAUAAUCCUUGAAGCCACCAGGAGGAAAGCACAGGAACAGAAGAGGCAGAAAAUAUUGCAUUCUGUUGCGACAGACGCCAAUCCUGAAUGCAAUGCAGCUUUGACAGAGACAAUCAGCUCUUGAGAUUGUGCUCGUUCUGCUAUCGGUUAAAUUCUGUGGGUUUCACUGUCCUCUUCAGAGUAGUCGAGACAAGAAGAGGACAUGUAUUGAAGAUGGUUAAUUGGUGAAGGUUCUUGAACGGUCAAUCGACCCCCACUUUGUGCUCGUGUGAACAAAAUAUUUUAAGGUCAGUACUCAGUUCAGAAGCCUAACCUGAAGAGAAUAGUCAAAACCAAACAAUUUCUUGGCAACUCUAUAUAACUAGCUUUUCCUGUUACUUUAAUCAUUAGAGCAGUCAACAUUGGCAGGUACUCACAUUUCUUGUAAUUAUAAAGUAUAUAUUUAGGCAUAGCGCAAAUUUUGUAUUAUGAGCCUUCAUCUAUAUACAAUGAUAUUUAUCGCAA